ACAAUACACCACAAUUCUCUUUCCACUAAUCGUGCGUUUAUUUUUAGUAUAAGAAUAAUUGUCGGGUAUUUUGGAAGUGUUGAUGCUGCGUGUCUAAACACGAAAAUCCAAGAGCUCUCCCUUGAAAUAUUAAAGCUAAGAGAAAAUCCAAAGCCGAGCGGUAUUUUUUCAGACUUGUUUUUCUCGAAUCUAUAGAAUAGAUCUAUUGUUUUCGUACCUUUUUUUAAUCCGAUCUCUGAAUCGGAUUCCACCUUCGAGUCGGCGAAGGUUGAUUUGAUAAGCCGCUGUUAUUGCCGAAGCCGCCUUUUCUAGGGGAUAUAAUUUCCACGUUGGGUGAAUAAAAUCAUUAUUAAGUUCGGUGAAACAGAUCAGAGUUUUUUUCGAGGUUUUGUGUUUUUUACACGCUAAUACACAAUAUGAUGUCAACUUAGUGAUCUGCUUUAUUUUUUCGCCAGAGAAAAGUAAAAAGAGUUUGGAUUUUUUUACAAGAAGAGCAGAGUUGGCUUAGCUUAAACACGUUAGUUUGAUUGACAAGAUGAAUUUCGCUUGCAAGUGUCUAAAUGUGACCAUCAAAUCGAGAAGCAAAAAGCUCGAGAGGGUCAAUGUCGAAGACGUCACUGGAUUAACACCUGCCGAAAAACACGACGCCUUUUUUCAAGAGAGCGUGGCGACAGUUCCAGAAUUGGAAGUAAUUAUAAAAGAACAACCGGCUCUGCUUCAAUGCAAAAAUAUAGGAUCCUGGUUGACUCAUUACUGCUGCAAUUGCCAGAUGUUCACACACGCUGUGAAUGCAGAAGAUGGAAUCACAAUGGUGUUGAUCAACCCAAACAUGGUUAGGUCAACCGAAGAGAUGGAGGCAAUAAAAACUUCGCCCAACUACAGUUCGGUCUUUAGGAUAGUAAUUGACCGGAAGAAGCUAAACGACAUGGAUUCGUUCUUGCCGCCAGUUAUGAUUCCUUUAUCACAGAUCCCAAAUAAUCUUCAAUCCAAUCUGCUCUCGCUUCAGCAACAACUUCAGGAAGCAAUCGACAGGCAAACGCAAUUUAUUGAUGAAAAGAUUCAGGCUUUUACCAUGGAACAGCGCCAGCUCUUGGAACGCUUUCAGGAGCAGGCUUAUAUGGAUCACAGGCUGUUGAGUAGGAUGGUUUGCAAAAAGGAGGAAAAACUUAAACCCGCUGUAAAGCCCAGAAGGCGAACGAAGAGUUUAAAGACAAGCGAAUCGAGCUCAGUAACAAAUUCAGUUUCAAUAAGGCAACCGACUGAAGCCAAUACCAGCGAGUCCAGUGUUAAAGAAUCAAUUUUUAUGAACCAACAAACAGAACCGUCCAUCAAUACCAAUAUAAAUGGUAAUAUUGAUAAAACAGACUAUGUGAGAACUCGUCGGAGGGAGCCAAGCAGUUACGAUGCCGAGGCUCUUUUCCCCCUCGAAGGUAUGGAUGACAAUGUCUAUUCAGAUGAUUGUCAGCUUUCUUCAGAUUUGGAAUCUGAUACCGACGAAUCAGUUAAAAACGAAGGCACACAUGUACCUAGAAGUCAGAAAAGGUGCUACCCAAUGUUAGCAAAGUCUCUGCCAGUCAGUGUACCUGAUUUCAGACCCUUUGGUAGGCGAACAGCUCACGAUGAUGACGACGAUAAAGAAUCCAUAGAUCCUCGAGAUCCACACAACAUUCGGGCUUCCAUCAAAGCCCUCGCCAAAAGUGUUCAUGGCGACACAGUUUUCGGAGACCUGCCACGGCCCCGAUUUUCAACCCAAAUUUGACUGGACAAAAUUUCUGAAUCAUUUGACUCCUUUAGAUUAGAUUCAUAAAUUUUUCCUACCGUGUGUCAUUCAUCGGCCAUCGUAUUUUUUGCUGUCCUUUUUUAAAAAUACAUUUAACAAAUUGAUAUGAAUCAUAGAGAAGUGAUAUUGCUAAGAUGUGAUAGGUGACGUAUUUUGUAUAAUUUCGUACUAUUUAAGGAUAUAAGUUUUCAACUUCGAGCCGUAAGUUUUGAAAAUGUAAGCAAGAUUCGUAAAGUAAAAUACUUAUUCCUGUAAGACUUAUUUCUCAUUUACGAUUGCUAGAUGCAGCGAAUGAGAAAAUGAAGAGUUUUUUUUUUUGACCAAGUGAACAAAUUGUUGCUUUAUUUUCUUUGUCUCAAAGGCUUUUAUGUUUAUAAGCACUCGUUUUUUCAAUAAAGUAUUAUACUUUUUAG